CAGCUGCAUCCGCUUCCUUCCCUUUGUCCCUUUUCCUCACCGCACUGCACUCCUUCGCCUGCGUCGUGCUUGCAGCGUGUCGUCGGCUCGACUGCUUUCCAUUCUUAUUACUGCAUUUCUCUCCGUUGCUCGCGCUUGUUCAUUGCCCUGCCCUCUUUGCGUGUUGUCCGCAGCAGCAUGCUCGUCGCUCCCUACCGUUCGUUGUUCCGUGUGCGCCACUUCAGUUAAUUCUCCGAAACCACGCCGCUCUAUUGUCCGAAAACCUUCACACCAAAUCCAACCUGUAUCGCGGUACCGGAUCGCAAAGCCAUACCGCGAGGGAAAAUGUCCGGGAGCGCCCUCGGUGGGCAUGAGGAGGGGGACGCGGCAUUGGGAUGGGCGUGGGACUACACAAAGCCUUUGUUUGCAAGCACAACACAAACACGCCGCGCGAGCCGGACACAGCGCAUACGGCCGCGCCGGCGAAGAUCUGCGCCCCGCACGGCAUCCGCCGUCGCCAGCACACUUCUCCUCACAAGCCUUCCGACUUCUCUGGCACAGGCCUGCAUAUCAUUGAAGGGCUCGACGCAAUGUUCGGCGUUUAAUGCGUCUUCGAUCUCCACCGACUCCGCCAAUGUUGGCUUGUUUCCCUUCCUCUCCUCCGUCACCGACUUGGCCACCUUUGAUUCGGGCCUUCAAACAUACAUUGGCAAUGGCUUCGCGCAGAUUCAAUACCAGCAGCUUCUUGGCUGCUCCACCUUCAACGCAGAUAAUACAACCGACUUUUACGCCAGAUAUACCACCAGUGUAUUGUGUAAUGCGAUUAUCCAAAACUCGGUACAAGCGUGCAGCCUUGCCGGAAACGCAGCUCGUCCGCUGUGCGCCGAGUCUUGCGCCGAAUACGCCGAGAGCGAGCAACAGAUCACCGAGAGUAAUGUCUGCGGCUCACCAGGCUCCAACGCCCUAACACAGAUCCGCGCCGACUUCACCAACUGCGCACUCCCCGCCAACUCCCUCACCGAGCAAUGCAUCCAAGCGGUGCAGAAUCAGCCCAACAAUUGCGGAUUCGCUUCCAACACCGCAUCCCUCUGCUCUUAUUGCGCAGCAAGCUCGCCCAAUGCAACGGACUCUUGCUGCGUGUUUUCCAACUCCGAAACGCGAUGCAAGGGUGUCGUGCUCCCCAUCGUCGCAAGCUCUUCACUUCGGCCAAUAACAGUGACCGCUUCUUCUACCAGCUCCACCGGUACCAGCACUACUGCACCAACUACAGCUGGCAGCUCGAGUUCUCGAGGCCUUACUGGAGGCCAGAUUGCUGGAAUCGUAGUAGGUUCCGUGCUGGGAGCCUUGCUGCUGCUGGCACUCAUCAUUGGUGGUUGUCUGCUCCUGAAACGACGCAGAGAAACACCUCCUACGAGCAUCUUCAACCAGCCCACUCCAGCCAGACAACAGCCGCCCAUGUCUUCUCAUGAUGGAUCAAGGGAUCAAGAGCGUGGAGGGAUUACCGCACUGCCCCCCGCCCGCGUAGCUCGCAUGUCCGCGCUUGAGGCCACCGGGGCGGGCAGUCGCAAAUAUGCCGGGGGAUUCCGCUUCUCUGAAGAAGACUCACCCGAGGGUGGUUUCGACCCAGCACCGCCGCUCAAACGCAGCGGAUCGUUCCCUGGUGACGAUCAAUUGGCAGUCGUAGGAGGCGCAGCGCAAGAUACAUCACCCAGCACGAACAACGAAGAGAGCACACCCGAAUCUCACGCCCAAAGCGAACAAUUGGGCUUCUUCAAAGACUACUACUCACAAGACGAGAUCCACCCUGGCGAUCUCGUAGCAACCCUAUGGGCCUACGAACCGCGCGCCGCCGAUGAAUUCCACCUUGAGCGCGGCGAUAUGAUCAAAGUCAUCGGCAUUUGGGACGACGGCUGGGCCACGGGCGUGCGCGUGCGCCAGAAAGCGGAGGACUGGCGGCCGGACGACAAGGUUCUGCGGGACAGCGGUCUCAGUAACGACAACGCUGGAGCCACAGACGCCGCUGAUGGUGGGGAGGUUAAGGCCUUCCCAUUGGUGUGUGUCUGCUUGCCGCAGCAUUGGAAGAAGACGAUCGAGGGCGAGUCGACGGAAGGCUCGGGGCCGCCCGACAUUCCGUGAUCUCUAUUUGGCGGCUCUUCUCGACACUCAGCACGUGCUGCUACGACUCACUUGCUUCAUUCUCGCUUCCAGCAUGGCGUUUUGGAUAGGUGUUCCCAAUCGAUUCACGACUUCUCGGCCGAAACAUCUACACCGCUCUCCUCCCAGCGGCCUGCCCUGCGUCGACGAUUUCCUCCGUGGUCCUUUGCCAUUUCUCUUCUCAGACACCUUUAUACCCGGCCCCAACGAACGGCCACCCGUACUUUGAUACUUAGCCUGUUAAUCGGUCUCGAAGGGCCCGCAUUCACAGCUUCGCUUUGUAGUCUGUAAUGCGCAGUGGAUAGGAAGCAGUUCUCACAGAUGGGAAGCAGAGUAGUAUCUAGCCGACAAUAUAUGUCAAUAAUUCCCCGGGACUCAUCUCAUUCUUCUAUCUCCCAGAACGUUCGAGUGGUUUCAAGAAAGGCAU